AUGGAGCAAAACUUGUUCAUAAUGCCUUUCCAACUUGCAAAAGAGAAGUCUCCCUGUAUCAUUUUUAUAGAUGAAAUUGAUGCCAUUGGCACAAAACGUUUUGAUAGUGAAGUAAGUGGAGAUAGGCAAAUUCAGCAGACGAUGUUAGAAUUGCUUAAUCAACUUGAUGGCUUUAGUAGUGAUGACCAGAUUAAGGUCAUCGCUGCUACAAAUCGUGCUGACAAAUUGGAUCCUGCACUUAUGCGUUUUGGUCGAUUGGGUCGUAAAAUUCAGUUUUCACAUCUCACUGAAGAAGCCAGAGCCUGUAUCUUGCAAAUCCACUCGAGGAAGAUGAAUGUUCAUCCAUAUGUGAAUUUUGAAGAACUGGCUCGGUUGACCGAUAAUUUCAAUAGGGCACAACUAAAAGUCGUUUAUGUGGAGGCAGGCAUGAUAGCCCUUCGUGAUAAUAGUAGGAAGCUGAGGAUUAUAGAGAAAGCAGAGGAUAUACUUUUCUGA